CCCCCGCCCCGAGCCCCCCACAGUCGCCGCCGCCGCCGCCGCCUCCUCCGAGCGGGGCCCAGGCCCAGCCGCCGCCACCGCUGCCGCCGCCGAGCUCCGCCGCCGCCGCCGCCGCCGAGCACCAUGGGAGACGCCGGGAGCGAGCGCAGCAAAGCGCCCAGCCUGCCGCCCCGCUGCCCCUGCGGCUUCUGGGGGUCCAGCAAGACUAUGAACCUCUGUUCCAAAUGCUUUGCUGAUUUUCAAAAGAAACAACCAGACGAUGAUUCCGCUCCAAGUACAAGUAACAGCCAAUCAGAUUUGUUUUCUGAAGAGACCACCAGUGACAACAACAAUACCUCUAUAACCACGCCAACUCUUAGUCCCAGCCAGCAGCCGCUUCCGACAGAACUGAAUGUAACUUCACCAAGUAAAGAGGAGUGUGGGCCAUGCACAGACACAGCUCAUGUCUCGUUAGUCACACCAACCAAAAGAUCCUGUGGUACAGAUUCACAGUCUGAGAAUGAGGCUUCGCCAGUGAAACGGCCACGACUACUGGAGAACACUGAACGACCUGAGGAAACCAGCCGAUCUAAGCAGAAGAGUCGACGUCGGUGCUUCCAGUGCCAAACCAAACUGGAGCUGGUGCAGCAGGAACUGGGAUCGUGCCGCUGUGGUUACGUGUUCUGCAUGUUACAUCGCCUCCCCGAGCAGCAUGACUGUACGUUUGACCACAUGGGCCGAGGCCGGGAGGAAGCCAUCAUGAAAAUGGUGAAGCUGGACCGGAAAGUGGGGCGCUCCUGCCAGCGCAUUGGGGAGGGCUGCUCGUGAGGGCCCAGGGCCGCACGUGACGCUGUUCUUAGUUCACUGAUGUUAGCCUUAUUUAGGACAGAGUCAGCCAGACACCUUUCUGGGCACGCGUCAGACCACAGCCAGGCCGUUUCCUUUCUUAGCCAGCCAUCCUGGUACUGUAGUUUAGGGGUUGAUGGUGGUUGAAAUUGAUUUCUGGCUGGUUACUAAGGUGCCUGCUAGCCAUUGUAUAAAAUUAAAACAUGAAGAAUAUUUUUUUUGAGCAUGGCUAGUGGAUUUAAAACAACACAUACCUGUCACUGCUGGAGUCAAACUUAUAAAAAGCCUUAAGCGGAAAGGGUUCCAGACGGAGACUCUUGAGUUUGUAGAGGAGUAGAAGCUGGUGUUCCAGUCCCCACAGCGCACACGGCUCUGCCAAACUCUGGUUCGUGUCCGGCCUUUCACCUCCUCACUUAUCCUUGGUCCCAGCAGCACGCUGCCUGGUGGCCACGCUGCCUUGGCCACAGGAGGCUGCUGAGAUUUGCCACGUGGCUCGGCUGUGUGAGGGCCUCACACCCCCACAGAGCUCACUGGGGGUGGGGGAGCAGGUUCUUACAAAAAUCUUAACAGUUUUUACCUGACUUGUUACGAAAAGCUCAGCGCGAGAAGAGAAACAGUAACCUCACUCUGAAAAUUAGCUUCACUCAAGUCUAGUCCACCCACGAGAACCACCUUUCUACUCCGGACCCAGGCCACCGGCGGCCCCCCGGCCGUCCGACCCACUGGCUCUGCUGCCACUUGCCAAGUCCAGGGUCUGGCAGGUGAUCCCACGCUGAUGGCAGCACCGCAGGGAGGCUGGGUCCGCGGCAGCCUCCGCAGCCGCAGUUCUCUGUUGGGAGUGUUUUAAAUGACGUUUCCAGCCCUCAGGAGCCUGGGAAGCGGCUGCCCCGGUUCCGCCCCUUCCAGCAGGAGCCGAGGGGGAUGGCCUCGCCCGUCUGCAGCCUGCAGCCCAGCGACAGCGGCCACACCUGUCAGGGAGGGAGGCAGGCGUGCGCGGGGCAGCGGUGCGCUGUGUACAACUGGCUCGUGGCCGUGGCCGUGGCCCGGCUCCGAAGGAGACGUCGGCUCAGCAGGUGGGGCGGACGGGAGUGCAGCAGCUCGGGCGGGAGGGGAAGGGGUGGGCCUCUUGGCUCACGUUAGGAAUCAGUUCCCGGCGGGCGGGGGGAAGGGCAGACAGGAGCAGGCGUGCGGGCCCAGAGCCCUCGUCCAGGCGGAGAGAGCCGAGCGCCCCUGCAGCGGCCGUUCGGGCCUGUCCACCCCCGGCUGUUGGAGCAGUUUAACCCAGCGACUUGCCCUUUUAUACCACAAGCCCGUCAACUCUGUCUGCAAAUUAAUUCCCGCAGCUGAAACCGUUCUUAGGUCCAGAAUCCACAAUAGGAAAUAGGAAAUCAUGCUCUGCCCCACCCCUCCUGCCCACCAGAGAGGAACCCGCUGCAGAAUCUCCAGCCUUAAUUCUCGCUUCAGGACCCAGGCCGGGUCUGCCCGCGUUUACCACUGUCGUCAGCCACGGCCCUCCGGCCAGACCCGGCCGCCCCGGUGAGCUGGCCCGCCUCCGCCCACCACGCUCCGCCCCAGGCCCCGCCGGCUGCUGCUCGAGGCAGCGAUGGGGCUCGGCCCUCUUCCUGGUGGCAGAGCGGGGGAGGGGGGCUUGUUCCCCGCAGUAUCUGUUCUGUGAAGUUUGUUAAAUGUAAGGAAAGCUUAAAUUCUUGUAUCUUUAAAAGAGAAAUCUUAUUUAACCCUUUUGUGUUCUAGAUUUACUUACACACACAGCCUAGAGCUCGGUUUUAGUUUUAACAUUGUGAAAAUAUUAAAAGACUCUUGUAACUUUAUUCUUUUUUUUCCUGCUGAAAAAUUAAACCAGUCGUACGAAA